GUAGCUUUUUCACAGCAUCCAUGCGCAGCAAAGAAAGAUAAUGCUCGACGUAAGUCGAGUAAGUGCACCAACAAAUUCGGAAACAACAACCGAGACACCGGAGGAAACACCUGAAAAAAUGAAGAUGGCAGAUGGUUCAGCAAUAAUACGACGAAACAGGCCCGGUACCAAAGCCAAGGAUUUUUGCCGAUGGCCUGAUGAACCUUUCGAAGAAAUGGACAGCACACUUGCAGUCCAACAGUACAUACAGCAAAUGAUUAGACGAGAUCCAACCAACAUAGACCUAAUCCUAAGUAUGCCUGAUGCCCAAGACGAGGGUGUCUGGAAGUACGAGCAUCUGAGACAGUUUUGUAUGGAGUUGAACGGUCUUGCUGUGAGAUUGCAAGAAGACUGCGAUCCUCUUUCAUGUACGCAAAUGACAGCUACUGAACAAUGGAUAUUUUUAUGUGCUGCCCACAAAACACCUAAAGAAUGCCCUGCUAUCGAUUACACACGACAUACUCUUGAUGGGGCUGCCUGCCUGCUCAAUAGCAAUAAAUAUUUCCCAAGUCGGGUCAGUAUCAAAGAGUCAUCAGUCGCUAAACUCGGAUCUGUCUGUCGCCGGGUCUAUAGAAUUUUUUCUCACGCAUAUUUCCAUCAUCUCACGAUAUUUGAUCCGUUUGAACACGAAACUUAUCUAUGCCGAAGGUUUACGGCUUUCGUAACUAAAUAUAAACUAAUGUCAAAAGAUAAUCUUAUUGUUCCGAUAUUAAAAGAAGACGGUUCUACGGAAAGUGAAGCAUAGGAUUCAGCUGUACAAAGAAUUUGUAAUAAUAACAAUUGUCAGAUUUGAUUUAUUGUUUCUUGAUAUAUUUAUUUAUCAAUGGAAUACUAAACUUCAUAUAUAUUAAAUUUACAUUGGAAAAAUUUAAGUAAAAAAUUUAAAAAGG